AUGUCGUGGACUCUGGUCGACUUCAGCUGUGUCCGCUACUCGCCAGUCGAGGGCACGCAUUACUUCUACGACCCCGCCCACCCCUCGUCGAUUCAGUUUCUGUUGUCUGGCCGCUGGGAGCCGUGGGAUGUAAGCUACGUCAAGUACAAGGCCCAAGACGCGGAUAUCCGUCGCGUUGCCCACGAGGCCGAGACGCGCCUGCUUCGGGAUCCCUACUCCAAAUACACUCCUUGGCCCUCUCCGCCUCCUUCGGCAGGCCCGCCGUCGUUUGUUCCUCGACAUGCUCACUCGCAGUCUCUGCCAGCCGCAAUUAAGCCUCCCAUCGCCGACCUGAUCACUCCUUCACCGUCUUCCGUGGCCGAGCGUAUCAUUUCCACCUCGCCCCGCGACCACAGUACGCCUUCGGCAGCAACUCCUGCCACUUCUUAUGCCUCUCCGUAUGGAACUCAGUCUGCAGUGCCCAAUGGCGUCAUCCACGCGCCCGUCGGCCCCCCCAAAUCCAUAGAGGCAGCCGCCUCGAUGAACAGUGUCCAUGCGGGCCAUGCCAAUGGCCACCCGUCGCCGCCAUAUCAUACCAGCAUGCCCAGCGACCCCGCACUUCAGCCGCCGUUAUCAAAACCAGUAGUGCCAGCACAGCCCAUUCUUUCACGCACCAGGGAAACUAAGAUCUUGCUCUCGAUUGACGGCGACGGCAUCAGAGGCUUGUCCGCCCUGCUUUUGGUCGAAUCACUCGUCAAUGCAAUUUGUGUCAAGGUUGGGCAGCGCUUGGACAGCCAUCAGAUCUUCGACUUGACUGGUGGAAGCUCUCUCGGAGGCGUGAUAGCCAUUAUGCUGUGCAGGCUCCGGAUGCAAGCCCACCGAGCUAGAGAAGCUUACAAGCAAAUCGCAAAAGAGGUGUUUGCGAACAAGAGAGACUACUUCAAGUACCUCGACCCUCACGCACAAGUGCGAAACGUCGACGACAGCGCGCUGGAGAGCGCCAUCAAGGGCGUCGUGCAACAGGAGCUGGGCAGCCCCGAUGAAAUCCUGCUCGAUGGACGACCAGACUCGGGCGAUGUUUUCGCCAUUACAACCCAAAUGGACAUUGGUACCAAUCGAGCGGCCCUGAUACGAUCAUAUCAAACACGGCGCAUCACCGGCCCAGACCUGGAGCCUGACAUGCCCAUCUGGCAGACGAUGAAAGCCACGUCGGCGGCACCACGAUAUGUACAAUCGGAGCAGGGCGUGCCACAGCGCUUUGUCAUUGAAAAAGGCCUUGUAGACCACGGAACUACCAAGAACAAUCCCGUCCGCGACAUCCUAUACGAAUGCCGGAAGCUGUUUCGGUACGCUAACGAUAUGAUGAUCAUCGUGUCCGUGGGCACGGGUGUCGGCCUUGAUAGAAGCCGCGAAAUCCCCGAGAUGGCGAAUAGUGUUGAAGAUCGCAAGGCCGAAGCAAGGGGUUGGGGCGAAAAAUUUGAAACCGACCACGCUGCGCUUAUGGAGCGGAACUGGAUGAAGUACUUCAGGUUCGACGUAACGGGCUUGGAGGACGUGCCCCUUGAAGAGUGGAAACACGAGGACCUCAUCAAGGAGAAGACGUCGGCUUACCUGGCACAGCCAGAAGUGGGCCAGCGAUUCUAUGCCUGUGUUGAUGCGAUCGCGACGUUGCUGUUGGGCCCACAGGGCCGAUAGCACGACGUGGCGAUGAUCGGGUAGUGGAGAGGGGAUGGUGGAGCCACACACCAGACCCCAUGUUCUGACUUGCAGUAGUAGCUAGAGCUUGCGUUGAGCCAUCUAAUCAUCUUGUACAUUACAGAAGCUAACGCUUGCAUGUAGUCGGGCCAAGCAUUUUGUCGCGUGUUCGCGAACAAGCGCCAGUGGGCCGCGGACCGUGUUUG